AUGCGAAGUAAUGAUUAUCAUCGACUUCCUACUGAAUCUUCAUCUACAUCUAAUUUACACAAUAAUAAUAACGAAAGCGAUCUACCACUGAAUCCACCACAAUAUUAUGAAUUUGAAAAUGAAGAGGAUAAUGACAAUAACCAAAGAAACGACAAUCACCAACUACAUCAUCAUACAAUACACGAAUCAACUUCAACCCCAUCAAUCGAACAAUUUGAAAUAGAGGAGCCGGAAUUUGAAAGGCGUCAUGGUUUUAUAAAUAGAGCUCAAGCUAUAUCUCAUAAAUUUGCAAAUAAUUUUAAUAAUAGAGUUAUACAUCCUGUCACUAGGAUGAUUGAUCCUAUAUAUGAAGGAUAUAAAUAUGUUCAAAUGCAGUAUGAACGUCUGAUCUUGAAACUAGGUAAUCCUUUAGUAGUGAAAAGAUUAUUAUAUGUUUUAACUAUGAUGGUACUAGUAUUUGCAAUAUCAAAAUAUUCAGAAAACGGAUCAAUAAAAGGAGGGUCAGGUACUUUUGCAAAGGGAAGAUUUUAUGAAAUAGAUAGAUUAUCAGAUUCUGUCAAUCAAUUCAUAAAUCCUAAAAAUAUGAAAGAAAAUUUAGAAUAUUUUUCUUCAAUACCCCAUUUAACUGGUACAAAGGGUGAUUUAUUAUUUGCUAAAUAUAUUGAAAAACAUAUGAAAAGUAAUGGAUUACAUAAUGUUGAGUUAGAUGAAUUUCAAAGUUUUACAAAUUAUCCUACAACUCAAUCAUAUUUAAAAUUAAAAGAUGGAUCAUUUCAUGCAAAAUUAUACGAAAAAAAUAACAAAGAUAUGCAGAACUUGGCUUUUAAUCCGAAUUCUUUAAGCACAAUAGAAGAAAUAGAGGGAAACUAUGUGUACGUUAAUUACGGUAAAGAAGAAGAUUAUGCCAAAAUAAAUAACGUAAAUUUGGAAAAUAAAAUUGUAUUAAUAAAAUAUGGAGGUGAUAUACCUGAAUCGAACAAGGUUCUUAUUGCCCAAAAUCAUAAAGCCAAAGCAGUUGUUUUCAUAACACCAAAAUUCGAUGAUCAAGAUGAUGUGAUCCAAAAAAUAAAUGUGGGCCUUACUAGAUUCUCACCUGGUGAUAUUUUGACACCAGGAUGGUCAUCAGAUAAUGGAUUUGCCACUAGGUUAUCAUGGGAAAAAUCUAAAAGUACUCCUAAAAUACCUUCGAUACCAAUUUCAUGGAAAGAUGGACAAGAACUAAUAAAAAAAUUAAACAAUGGAUAUCAAUUUUCUGAUUUCACAAGUGGUAAUGGAGAUUCACCGAUACUUCAAUUCAAGAUUAGUAAUGUGAAUAAACCGGUACAUCCUUUAUGGAAUGUUGUUGGAUCAAUAGAAGGAAGAGAACAAAGUGAAAAGGGUAUAAUAAUUGGUUCUGCUAGAGAUUCAACAUGUGAUGGGACGAUGAGCAGUAAUACAGGAACUGUAGCAUUUUUGGAAUUGAUAAAAGUUUUGACAUCUUUACAAAGAAAAUUUCAAUGGAUACCGUCAAGAUCUAUAUUUUUUGUUUCAUUCGAUGCAACUGAAUAUAAUUUAGGUGGUUCAACAGAAUGGAUAGAGAACAGAAAAGAAACUUUAAGAAGAGAGGGAUAUUUAUAUAUUGAUAUGAGUGAUUUGGUAACUGGUGAUGAACUUUUUGUUAAUUCUCAUCCAAUUUUAAAAGAAACUGUCAAGAAUUCUUUAGCUAAAGUUAAAGUUGAUGGUGAUAAAACCAUGAAUGAUAUUUCACCUAAAAUUGUAGAUGAAUUUUCGGAUUAUGCUAAUUACAUUCCCUUUAUAAAUUUAGUCAAUAUUCCGUCAUUAGAAAUCAAAUUUAGAGGUAAAAAUUAUCCAAAAAAUUCAUGUUAUGAUUCAUUUGAAAGAUUUGAGAAAUCAAAUAUUGAUAAAUUAAUGUUAAAACAUUCCCAAUUGGUUGAACUAUUAUCUAGAAUAAUAAUUGAUUUUGUUGAAACACCAUUAAUUCCUUAUAAUUUUGUUGAAUUGGCAAAUCAAUUAAAAAUUUAUGAAAAUGAUUUAGAAAAAUAUGCAAAUUCCAUAAUAGAAAAUUUAAAAGUUAAACCAAUUUUACAUUAUGAUGGAUUAAAACGUUCUUUAAAUACUUUGAAAGAUGUUGGUGAGAAAUAUAAUGAAUGGGCUCGUGAAUGGCGAAACUUUAUCACACAAAGCGGAGGAUUGGAACCUCCUAUGUAUUCAGCAAUGAGAGGAAUGUGGAAUAAUAAUAUGAUUGAAUUUAAUAAUAGAUUUAUAAGUAGGAAUUUACAAUUCAAAAGAUCAGGAUAUAAGAAUUUUUUAUUUGGUAUACCAUUUUCAGCACCUUUGAAUUCAAAUGAAUAUAAUUGGGGAUCUUUCCCUUUUGUUAGGGAAUAUAUACAACAACAUGAUUUUAGUCUGGCACAAAAUGAAAUCGAUUUAUUAGCAUCAACUAUAGAGGAUGCUUCUAUGAAAUUUAUAACUUUAUAG